UUGUGUAUUUAUUGUGUUUUUUUUUUCGCACAAUAUGUGCGCUGAUAAGAAAAUGAACGGCUUAAUUGUAUUCAACAGUGCCAACGAUGUGGUCUAUCAGAAUCUAAAUGGGAAACUAACUGAAAAGAUAUGCAAUAUAGCCAUCACACAGGGUUUACUGCCAGCAGGUAGUGUAACGACACCCGGAGCAGCAUUGGACAGCAAUGUUCUAUUGCAAAUAUUUAGUCCCAUUAUCAGCUCGCAGAGAAUAAUGCAUUGUCAGUUUGACAACGCUUAUGCUAGUUUUCAGUGCGAGAAUGGUUUCAAUUUAGUGUUUGGAGAACUCUUGGGCUUCAGUUUCUUGAAGAUCGGACAAAUUGAGAUAGAGCAGUUGAUGCGGCAGCUAGGCGUGGCCAUGACCCUGACACGUUACUGCUAUGGCGCCAAUUUGUUUGGGUCACAGACGGGGGUCAUGCAACAGGAGCUGCUGACGCAGUGCCUCAACUGUUACGAGUCCCAGCUGUGCCAGGAGGAGCAGGCUUAUCUGCUGGAGGCAAUACCCAAGCUGUUGAUCAACCCGGAACUGAAGCGGACCGUGCACAUUACACUGGAUGCGACACUGGAGCAGCUACGUCAGACUGGAGGUCAGCAACGGACACACGCCUUGCUGCUGAUAUCUCACAAGCUGGUAGCAUUGAACAGCACUCGCCUGGCACUUCCCUUGGCUCCUGCCGAUCUCCUCUUUCUGGCCAUCCUGGCCAGAGCUCUGCAAUCCCAGAAAUCUCAACGUGCCGUGGCCGUAUUCCUGCAGGGCGUCUCGCACGACGUCAACUCCGGCUGUGUGCCAACCAUUGUGCACAUCUCUCGCCUGCACGGCCACCAGGUGCUGCUGCAGCUCAUCGAGUACGGUCACAUGCCCCUGACCAGCAGCAUCUAUGACACCUUCUUUGUGCUGCAGAAGAUUGUCGCGGUGCAGCAACAAGGUGAUUCGGAUGCACUAAAGCCCGCCUACGAGAGCCUCGAAUCCUUUGUCAGCCAAACAUUAACAGCUCUCAAGCGACACCUGAAGCAAAAGCACGAGGAGAUGGACAACUGUGUGAAAAAGUUCACGGCCCGUUGGGAGAAUCUGCGCAAGAUGUACGUCGAGUUCUUCAAGAGCUACGAGCGGGAGAUGCUUGUCCGCAUCGAGUCCAAUCUGCCGGCCUUUGUCGAGGAGCUGAAGCAGCUGUUCACGCUCUCCCUCGCCAGCUGCGAUAGCGCCAGUAAUCAUCAGCUGGAUCAGCUCGCCGACUCUGCGGCUGUGGUGGAGGCCAAGCUUCUGGAAUUUGCCGAAUUUCUGGCGGUCAAGGCGGCGCGCAACAUAUCAAUUGAUGCUUAUCUGGAGGACUUUCCGGGUCUGGUGCACUUUAUGUACGUGAAUCGCAGCUCUGGCCAAAUGCUGGCUCCGGAUUUGCGACAAACUAAUCCACAGCUGGUGCCCAAGACGAAACUCUGGAACAUGGUGGAGUUUACGCGCGGAUAUCUGAAGAAAGGACAGACCACGGUCAUGUGGAAGGAUCGUACUUUCCAUUACUCGUACUUUCUCUGGUUCGAGGAUCUCUCUGGCGGCAUCUUGAAAUGUACGCUGGAUCUGCAGCAGCAUUUCCUCUCCACCGGCUUCGGAGCGAACGGCAAUGGACAGAAGCCACCUGCAGAACCGGGCUCUUUGCCCAUGGACUACUACAGCGAACUGGCCGAGCUUUGCUUUCCCAAACUGGCGCCGGGUAAAGUACGCGUCUACGAACUGUACUGCAUACAUUUAGGCCUCGUUACCGCCACCUGUGCCGUGGAACACGCCCGACGCUUGGUUGCCACCAUCAGUGACGUUGUUGGCGAGGAGACAUUUUAAAUGACUUUAUGAAUUGAAUACAUUCACUUUCCAAAACCAUGCCGCACGAUGCUAGUCAACUUUAUGGUUCAAACUGAGCGGGAAUUUUAAAUUUAUUAUUUGUUUGCUGUAUAAGCUAGUUUCAUAAGAAUAAAUUAACCAACAAACUUUUAACAAACGCUUA